AUGGGGCUAAUUGCGCAGGCUAUCAAGUCUGCGGAACCUUGCAAAUUCAGCAUUGAAUUUUUGUCGAUGGGGGUCUGGACUGUGGCUGCGCAGCAGAACAUCGGAGCCAAGAAGGUCUCAAAAGCUGAGUACAGCAUCGAAAUUCAUCCCUUUGACUUUGACUCGCCCCAAAAUCCAGUCGUCAUCAAGGUUGCUACCGGACAGUGUAACACAGACGUGAACAAUUACGCCAUCUUGGGUAUCAACAGAACCGAUGACUCCGCUCCCGAGUCCUUUUUCACCAUUGACAAGCCCAUUGUCCCGCAGUUCCGAAAUGAUUGCCUCUCUUUUAUCCGCAGCGUCGAUCCUAUCACCGAUCGCGAGAGGGGUGCUGCUGAGUGGAAGCCCUCCAUCGGCCCCAACGGCCCUGAGCUUCUGUUCGUGCAGAUGAACAACACUCAUAUAGAGAGAAUGGGUACUGCACAUCACCUGCGCUGUGAUGUUGCCAGGCCUGCGUCGGAGAACUGGGCUUGCAUCAAUAGCAACACAGAGAAGACCAAGUUGAAGAGGAGACAUAUGAAACAGCUCUCCCGAUGCUACUAG